AAGCGAUUAUAAAAAAGCCUUCUGCUCAGUGUUGCUACCAGGCGUAUUCUUCUGACCUGCACAACUGUUGCAAAAGGCUGUUAAGACGUUCGAAAAUGAAAAUAUCUUUAGCUAUCAUCCUUUGCUUGGUUCUAGCUGUAGCUGUGACUGAAUCGAAACGCAAGAAGAAACCUACCGUGGUAAAGAUAAUCAGAAAAGUAUUCUCUGAUGACGAUGACAAGAAAUGCCUGAAGAAACUUCGACUAACCCAAAACGAAUUGUCUACGGCUGUGCAGAUUAGGCAGAUACAGGCACGAAGCGGCGGCACGACUGUCACAAGCAUGGCUGACAUGGACAGGCUCAUCAACCAACUGUCCCGCAGUCUCAUUGCUGCUAACGGACUCAAGGCGAAGAUGCCAAGACUCAUCGAAUGUGAACUGACGGAAUUCCGACCAAUUAUGUGGGGACGACCUCGAGCAUGAAGAACGCUAAUCUUGGCCUGCGCCUCGCGCAUAUACAUCCACAUUUAAUGUAGCCUGUCGCCCAAUUAAAGUGUCGGUGUCAUUUUCA